UUGAAGUUCUUGAUUUGAGUUCAAACGGGAUCAAUAACUCUGAAAUUUUACAAUUUAUUAGUGAAAUUUCAUCUUUAAAGACUCUAAAUCUUGAAUAUAAUGACUUGGGAAGCUUGGUUGAUUUCACAAACUUGGAAAACAUGAGCCACUUGGAAGAAUUGUACUUAGGCGGUGCUACCCUACCCAAUGACUUUCUUUCAAACAAAAUUGGUUCCAUGACAUCACUUCAAGUUUUGUCAUUGACUUACUCAAGACUCAAUGGGACCCUACCCUCUCAUCAAGGUUUGUGUGAAUUGAAGACUCUUCAAGAGAUUGACUUGAGCCAUAUUGGACUAGGGGGUCAGUUGCCUUGGUGCCUAGCAAAUUUGACAUCUCUUAAGUUUUUGGAUAUCUCGAACAACCAAUUUACUGGGAACAUUGCAUUGUCUCCUCUUGCCAAUCUCAUGUCCUUGGAAUAUCUUAUACUUUCAUAUAACAAUUUUCUAGUCCCAAUGUCAUUCAAAUCAUAUUAUAACCUCUCCAAACUUAUAGUCCUAGAAAGUGUCGACAACAUAUUUUUUGAAGGAGAAGAUAUUCUUGGCUCAGCCCCAAGUUUCCAAUUGUUUCAAAUCCAUCUUUCUAGUUCUAAAGAUGGCAGAAACAUUCCCAUGUCUUUGCCCAACUUUUUCUACUAUCAAAAUCAACUCAAAAUAGUUGAGCUCUCUGGAUUUGAUUUUAGAGGAACAUUCCCAAGAUGGUUGUUAAAGAACAAUAUUGGACUACAAGCACUUACCCUAACAAAAAAUUCAUUUUCUGAACCUUUCCAAUUGCCCUCGUCUCCAAUGUUAGAACUUGUAGCAUUAGAUAUCUCCAAUAAUAAUUUCUAUGGUGCCAUCCCAUACAAGAUUGGUAAUUCUUUCCCAAAGUUACAAUUUCUAAGCAUGUCUAGAAAUAACUUUGAAGGCAUGAUUCCAUCUUCAUUAGGUGACAUGACCUUUCUACGUGUUCUAGACUUGUCAAAUAACCAAUUAUCUAGUAAAAUUCCUAUACAUUUGGCAAUGGGUUGUAGCUUCUUGGAAGGGCUAAAACUAUCAAGCAACAACUUGACAGGCCCUAUACUACCCCCUCAAAAUAACUUGCCAAACUUAAUAUGGUUGCAUUUGGACAAAAAUAAGUUCACAGAAAUCCCACCCAACUUAUCCAAUAGUAGUGCCUUGAGACUAUUGAAUCUUAGCCAUAAUCAUCUGGAAGGUGAGUUUCCUAUUGAGUUUUGUCAAUUUGAUGGACUAACACAAUUGGAUCUUUCUAACAACAAUUUCACUGGGACAAUAUCAUCUUGCUUCAAUGUGGAACACCUAGAGAAAAUUCAGCUAUCCAAUAAUAAGCUAAAUGGACCAUUUCCGGAAGUGUUCCAUCGAUUAAUGAACAUAAGAAUGAUAGAUCUUUCAAAUAACCAUUUUAAUGGCAGGAUUCCUAAUUGGAUCGAUAGUAUUUCUUGGUUAAGCUUUCUUAUCUUAAAAAAUAACCAUUUUGACAGUAAUAUCCCAGAUCAAAUUUGCCACUUGUCUAAAUUAACCUUGAUUGACCUUUCUUCCAAUAAGUUGUCGGGCAGCAUUCCUCGUUGCUUAAAUAACAUCACAUUUGAGCUAGAAGACAUAAGAGGCAUGUAUUCAUCUCAAAUUGUUGCUGCAAAACCCAUGUUGAAUGAUGACCAAAAGAUUUCUUGUCAUCAUAAUUAUUGGGCUUUUCAUGAUAGAGAUACCUUAGGCCUAAGGAGGGAAUUGUUUUUAGUACAACUGGAGUUCACAACCAAAGGAAUGACUUUGCCUUACACAGGAAAGCCUCUGCUCUUUUUUUCAGCAAUUGAUCUCUCCAACAACAAAUUAGCUGGCCACAUACCACCUGAAAUUGGCAACCUUAGCAAAAUCAAAGCACUAAACCUAUCCCACAACAACCUGACUGGAGGAAUCCCCACAACUUUUUCGAAGUUACAGAACAUAGAGAGUUUGGAUCUUUCUCACAACAACUUGAAUGGGAAUAUCCCCUCUCAGCUUACUGAGUUAUACUCACUGGGGACAUUCAAUGUGUCUUACAACAACUUAAGUGGAAGGAUACCUCAGGCAACAAACCAAUUUGGAACUUUUGACUCAAGUAUCUAUAUUGAGAAUCCAUUUCUUUGUGGAGAACCAUUACCAAAUAAUUGCACAGAUUCACCUCUAUCAAUUCCAUCAGCCAAUAAUAAUGCAAGUGUGGUAUCCAACUUUAUCGAUGUGGGCACUUUUUAUAUGAGCUUUGUAGGGUCCUACACAGUUGUUUUACUAGCUAUUGCAGGAAUUUUGUAUAUAAAUCCGCAUUGGAGACGAGCAUGGUUCCAUGUUAUUGAGGUUUUCAUCACCUCUAGCUACUACUUUGUGGUGGAUAAUAUGUGGAGAAUCAAAGUUGGUUUCCUUCGUAGAUAUGGAUAAUCACCCCCAUUGAAGUAAUAAUGUUGUUGUAUGCAUUUCCUACUAAACUUCUUUCUUAAGUAUUUGUUUGUAUUAAAUAAAAAUCUCUCUUGGCUU